CUCCAAUAAUUUUUUGGGCAGUUUAACGUAGAGCGGCCAAUUUGGUAACAAACCAUCGGGGGACGGCGCUCCCCAAUUGAACGACCUCCCGAAUCGACACAAUCCCUCCAAACACAAUGAUAACGCGGAGACCACCAACCUGCCUGGGCUGCCUUCGAAGGGCCCUGGCGCCCAGCAUGAAUGGCAGCAGCAGCAGCAACGCCUCGGUGGCCCUGACGCAGGUCCGUGGGAAGACCAAGACGGCACGCAACAAGGACGAGGAGGGCGGCCUCGUCGUCCGGCUGCUCAAGAACAUCCCCGAAUAUGGACCUAAAAACACCAUCCUCCGCGCCCCAAGAGGUCGUGUCCGAAACAUGUGGUACCCCGACGGCAAGGUCGAGUACAUGACGCCCCAGCGCUUCGCCGAGCUGGGUGUUAACGAGUCUGCCAUUGUCGAGCGAGACCCCAUGUACGGUUUGGAGGUUGAGAAGCCGGUCGAGAAGAAGGCCGUGAGGUCCAAGGCUGCCGACGAUAAGGUGGUCAAGAUCCAGCCGCCCAAGCCCCAAGAAGCCACCGCCCUCCUGAACAACCUGCUCCCCAAGACCCUGACCUUCGAGCGCGCCGUAAUCCCCGCGGGCGUCAAGAGCAAACAGGACAGCCCGUCGGCGGAGGAAAACGUGUACCGCUCCCCGCUGGUGGCUCGCAACGCAAGCGUCUCUCACGAGUCGGCCGCCAACGCGCCGCCGCAGCCCAUCGCCAUCUUUGGUUCCGUCAGCACCGCCGACGUGGCCGCGCGCGUCAAGGAGCUGCUGUCGAGCCACCGCAUCGCAUCGCUCGUCGCGAUCGAGGCCAAGCACGUCAGCAUCGAGGGCGCGCUGCUCGAGGACGGCGAUGUCGUUCGCGCCGACGACCCGGCCACCGCAGCGGCCGCCGCCGUCGAGGGCGACAAGGUCAAGCAGCUGGGCAGAUGGGAAAUCACCAUCGAGGUACCCGGUGGCGCCAAAGAGGGCGUCAAGCCCAUCAAGAAGAUUCUGGAGGUCGUAGGUAUGGCGGACAAGAGUGCUUAAUAAAUCUGUCCCCAUAAAAACUCAAGAGAAAAAAAAACAACAACCGACUAGGGCUCAAAGAUGAGGGAAGAGCUGCCUGUUGUCUGUAUAAUAUCAUGUUCUGCUUAGAUGGGGGAGGUUUAGACACCCUCUAUUGUACUGUACAAUCUACAUGUUGCAUAGAAAAUGUGAGCAUCUUUCUCUGUGGA